AUUUUCAAAAGGGAACGCAAAUGGAGAAGGAGCAGAAGGCUCAGAAAUUAUUUGAUAAGAAAGAGUACAAGCGAAGCUUGAAUGUGUAUGAAAAAGCCAUCACAAACAGGUUUAAAGACUACCCACAAGACCUGGUUCAGUAUAAGGAAGAAGCUCCUAGACCCAAGACAGCCAAGCAGAGUAAAUAAGGACCUUGAAUCAAAACCUAUGGUUAUUAAUAUACAAGCAAAGAAUGGAGAUGAGGGAAAAGAGGAUUCAGAAGCGCAGUUUAAAUCCUUUGGUGAUGAUGAGCAUAAGUCAGCAGGGCCUAUAAAGGAAGAAGACAAGAAAUUGCUUGAAGAUACUGUGAUAGACUUUAAUAAAGUUGGCAUGCAAUUCCUGAGUAGUGGCAAAAUUGAAGAAGCAAAGCUGAUUUUGAGAAAAUUGGUCCGUAUUUGAAAGAAUUAUGCAAAUCAAGAUCUGAAGCUCAUUUGACUCACUUUUAACAAUAUUAGUUGUGUUCAUAAGAAAUUAGGAGAGUUUCAAGUAGCAAUGAAAUUGCUGAAGAAAGCUUUGGCACAUGCCGAAGACCUUAAAGCACACGAAUACUUAUCACUUACUUACAUAAAUUUGAGUGCGAUAUACUCUGAACUCAAAAACCACCAAAAAUCCCUUGAAUAUGCUAACAAUGCAAUCCAGAUUCUUUCCAAAGAGAUCAAUGAUAUCACUGAGACCCUAUUAACCAAGAUCAAAUUAGAAGAGUCUGAGAACUACAGCCCAGUGAAGCCUAUCAAUGAGGAGCAAUCAGAAGAAGAAAAAGCCUUGGUCUCUUCCAAGAAGGAGAAGUCUUCCCUCUUAGCCAUUGCCUUCUACAACGCUGGCUCCCAGCUGGAGUUCCUGAAGAAUUAUAGGGAAUGAAUUGACUGCUUCCAGAAAGCAAUCCAGAUUCUUGAGAAAAAUUUUGCACCAAAUUACCCCCUAACGCUUGAGUUCAAACGUAAUUUGUUGAAGACCAUCAACAAGUAUAAGAAGCAUAUAGACUGGAAGGGAACCAGGAAGACCUUUAGCAAUCUCUGUGCAGGGUAUAAGAACAAGAGAUUCUCUAUGUCCCAGAACAGGCCUAUUAGUGCAGCCAAUUCCAAACUCAGGCAGCCCAAGUUGCAGAGUAAACCAGGUAGUUUUAAGAGGAAAAGAAGGCCUAUCACAGCUAAGGCUAGAGUUCAGGACAAUAAGCCUAAACUUCAUGAUUCUUUAGCAAAUCCGUUUGGAUCUCCUGAAAAUGAAGAGACUUUAUUCAUGCUUGAGGAGCAACCUCAUGAUGAAAGUGGGGUUGUCGAUAGCUCCAAGGCACAGGAAUCCAAAGUCUUCGAGAUACCAGAAGCUCAGAGAAAGAUAAAGAAGGAUAAGCCCAUUUCCCCCAUAUUUGGCCAUUCAAACCGAUUUAAGCGUCCUCAGAGUGCCAAAAAUGCGUUUAAAACUUUAAACACAUUACGGAAUAAAUAAAGGAGAUAGUCAUGAUUAUGCAACUAUCGAGCUAAAGAAAAUAUUCGAAAACUCCAAAGGCCUCAAUAUUCUUGCUAAUUCUGAAUCAGAAUCGAAAUUUUCGAAACCUCCUAUAGGAAGUCGCGGAAAGAACAAGCUGAAAAAGAGGCCAGUCUUGAAGAAGUACGACAACUAUGAAUCAAUAAUGGAGCUGCAUAAGUCAGAAUUUGAACCAACUACUACACUGACUUCGCUGCCAUCGAACAAAAUCUUUGAUUUCACCUCUAGGAUGUCCUCCAAAAUGGGAAAGAGGCGGCUCAGAUUUGUAGGGGACCGGAAGAAAAUCAGGGCUAUUUCACAGCACAAAAGGGUAGGGUGAAGUCCAUAUACUUCAAGCCAUUCUUCCAAAAUCCAGGCUAAGAAGAGGAAACUUAAAGCAAAAAUUGAUAUCGCUAAGUUUAAAGGUAAGAGGAAGUCCUCAAAACAUUCGGAUUUUAUGAAAAAUGCUGAGACUCUCAAGGAUAUCAAACACCAAAUCAUGGAUGAUAAUCACUACACAAUUUAUUAGAAUCUCAAUCCAGGCAAAA